GUUUUAUUUAUUAUUCCACUCUUCUCCAUAUAUUAGCGAUUUUUUCAUCAGCAUAUAGAAUAACGCGAUAAUGAUCAAUUGUCUGUCUAGACAAAUUUGCAUAAUACGUAGAAAAAUUGUUUAAUUAUAUCAAGAGUGCCAUUGAUUAUUUAUAUAUAUGCGUAUACUGUUAUGCAAGUCUAUCCGGAGGGAAAACAAUGCAGAACUUGCUAUCGUGCGAUAAAAUUUAUGAUUUUUAUGAGAGAAACGUGAAUAACGCGAUGAUUCAUGCUCACUUAUAUAUUUUAUCUUUUUAUUAUAUAUAUAUUAAGAUUGAUAAGAAUAAUAUGCGAAGAGAAUAAUAUGACAUAAAAGACAUAUAUAUUUAUCAGAAUUGAUAAAGAAUUGAUAAAUAAAUACGAAUACACGAGAUUAUCGCGAAAAACGAUAAGCGCAAUGAUUCUGAAUGAUUCAUGAAAUGUUAUAUACGAGAAUUAUAUAUGUGUAUGUAUAUAUAAUAUAUAUAUAUAUAUAUAUAACACACAUAUACAAACAUAUAUUUGUAUUCUGCAAGAAGAGGAAUGACUGAAGUAUAAAAAAGCGUAUUUAAAAAAAUCAACACAGUGCCCAACAGAGCCCAUUAAUACACAUCUGUGUGUGUGUAUUAAUUAGCCUUAAGUUAAAUCUGAGUUGUAGAAAAAAAGGAGAAACAUCAAAUAUAUGCACUUUCAUACAUUCAAAAUGACAUUACCUGGCAUUGGAGUGUUUGGCACAGGAAGUAUCGUUAGGAUCAUUAUACCUUUUUUGAGAGAAAAGGGCUUCAGGAUUGAAGCUAUAUGGGGUCGUACAUUGGCAGAAGUUUCGAAAGUGGCAAGCGAUCUGGAAAUACCGUUUCACACCAGUCGCAUAGACGAUGUUCUUUUAAGGAAGGACGUAGAUCUGAUCUUUAUCAUGUGCUCGCCGAGCUUGCAUUCACAAAUCGCUGUUAAAGCCCUGGGUAUAGGUAAGCAUGUUGUGUGCGAUAAACCAGCAGGCUUGAGCCAAAGCGAGGCCUUGAAGAUGGUACGAGCUGCGCAGUAUUAUCCCUCGCUGAUCAGCAUAGUUAAUCACAGUUUAAGGUUUUUGCCUGCCUUUGUGCAUAUGAAAAAGGCACUAGAAGAUGGAUAUUUGGUUGGACCUGUAACAGUUAUAGAAGUAAGAGUACAUAUGGGAAGUUUAUUACACAAUGGAUAUGAUUGGCUAUGUGAUGAUACAAUGGGUGGAGGAAUCUUGGCGUUAGUGGGCAGUCAUGUUAUUGAUUUGAUCUUUCAUUUAAUGGGUCAACGAGCUUCAAAAGUGCAUGCUGUUGUCAGAACAUUUACUCAAACAACCAAAUACAUUAAUGGAAUCAGGCACAUCACAUCGCCGGAUUUCUGUAGUUUUCAAAUGGAGUUAAGCAGCGGUACCUUAGUAACAGCUACUUUGAGUAAUCACUUGCAAGGUCAGCUUUCCCAAGAAGUGUUGAUAUGUGGUGGUGGAAAUCAUUUGGUUGUGCGUGGCGGAGAUUUAUAUGGAUGUCGCAAUGGACAAGAGGAGAUCUUGUAUCGUGAUACAGAAGAUUUACAUGGGAUAUCUUUGCCAAUUGCUGACUCUAUUCCAAGGCCUUAUAUCAAAGGACUUCGAAAAAUGAUCGCGGCAUUAAAAGAAGCCUUUCAAUCUGUGGAAGAUAAAAGAGGUUGGAUUAAAGAGCCAGUGUUUUCUGCUUCUACGUUUGAAGAUGGUCUGUAUGUGCAAGCAGUUAUUGAUGCACUGCGACAAAGUAAUAAACAGCGUGAAUGGGCCAAAGUUAACAUCUUGACAGAAGAACCAGAUCCAAAUCCUUUAUUGAGCGCUGCUGUCAGAGCUACAGCUAUUUCAAUAUAAAAGACUGUUUUGCUAAAAUUUUCACUAAUUAAAAAAUCUACUAUGGUACUGUACAUUUUAAAGACUGUAUAUUGAUAAAUCAAUCGCGUAAAAUAAUAUUUAAAGCAGCUACAUCACAUCGACGUUUACUUUUCUAUCAUAUUAUGAUUAUCUAGAUAAUAAUCUCAUUUAUUUCUGCAAAAAAAAAAAAAA